UGUGCGUGUUAUGAUAUUGGAAUAGCGGCAAUGGAGAUGUCGUAUCAAGGGGGCGCGGAGGGGGAGAGCCUUCUGCGACCAGAUCAGAGGAAUGCCGUCGUCAUGCCCACAGGAGCGAGAGGUUGGGAGGCGGAGGAGAAGGCGCCGUUCCUUCGCAACGAGCCGGUCAAGCUCACGCCGGCCUGGGAGGGGUCCAACCUGCCCAAUGACACCCUCAACCUCAAAGGUAUAGCCAUGGACCUAACUCCACCGAAGGACCGAUGGCACCUUAUCUACAUAACCUUAUUGAUACACGGGCUGGGGACGCUAACAGCUUGGAAUAUGUUCAUCACAGCCAAGGACUACUUCACCACUUACAAGCUGGUUAACACGUGGUACGAAGGCAAGUACAUGGACUACACAGGGCUCGCGGCACAGAUACCCAACUUCUUGUUCAGCUGGUUCAACGUGUUCGUUAAGAUGGGCGGAAACCUGACUACGCGCAUCGUGUGGUCACUCAGCAUGGAGGUGCUAAUAUUCGUGUUCACCAUCGUGAUGGCCAUGGUGGACAGCAGCCAGUGGCCGGGCGUAUUCUUCUGGCUGACUCUCGUCUCCAUCUUCUUCUUAAACAGUUGCAACGCGAUCUUCCAAAACUCCGUAUACGGCGUAGCGGCCCGCCUCCCUCCCCAGUAUACGGGCGCCGUAGUCCUAGGUUCUAACGUGUGCGGGACCCUGGUGGUGCUGGUCGAGUGGGCCUCCGCUAGCAUCGGGGGCAGCAAGCGCACCGCCGCCAUAUACUACUUCAUCGCCGGCAUGUUCGUGCUGCUCAUAUGCUUCGAUACUUACUUCGCGAUGCCUUUAAACAGAUUCUACCGGUACCACGACACGCUACAGCAGCGCACGUUACGCGUGAAUCCGGCGCUGGCCGCCACAGGUCAAGAAGACACUAAGAAGAAAAUACCUUACAAAACCAUCUUCAGGCAAUCCUGGGUCCAACUGUAUAAUAUAUGGCUGGUGUUCUUCGUGUCGCUGGCCGUGUUCCCCAGUGUGCAUUCUGAUGUGAAGGCUAUCACGCCAGGUUUCCUCGGAGACAACUUCAUGAGGCUCACCUGCUUCCUUACCUUCAAUUUGACUGCCAUGAUUGGGAACAUCACUGCCAGUUUGUUCCCAUAUCCCACAAAACGCUGGUUGUCAAUCUUCACGACGGCCCGCCUGGCCUUCAUACCAUUUUUCCUACUCUGCAACUACCAACCUAAAGGCGUGACUCGAACGCUCCCAGUACUUAUAAACAAUGAUAUUGUGUAUUGGAUCGGCGCUGUAUUACUUGGGUGGAGUUCUGGACACGGCAGCUCUUUGGGGAUGAUGUAUGUCAGCAGCACGGUGGCGCCCGAGCACGCGGCUACAGCGGGCAUGCUGGGCGGCGCCACGCUGGUGACCGGCAUCACGAGCGGCCUCGUGUUCGCCUUCCUCGCGCCCGUGCCGCUCGUCGCCAGCGCGCUGUGGAGCUCCGCCUAGCGCUGGCCCGCCUACCUCCACGGCCUGUGGACUAUCGCGGUGAGACUCGUCACCCAGUGA